UUAUCCAUUGAGCUUCAAUUUUAAUGCAGUCUCUCCUAGAAACUAGCAUCUAUCUAUCCAGGGUAAACCUUCGGGUUCCAAAGCCCAUCCCGUUGCCAUGGCGACCCGCAGAGACGGACGCGUUUCUCAGCACCAGAGCUCAGCUCUUGAAGUUGCCAACCUCCGUAGUGACGUCGGCGCCUGUGAUGCCAGGCCUCCCGGAAGGCGCGUGCGCAGUGUGGUUGUAAGAGUCUUGCAGCCGGCGGAGGCGUGGCCUGGAGGAGGCUCUGGCUCCAGUUGCGCGUGCGCGGGUCCGGGCGGUCUUCCAGACGCUCCCUCCUCUUUGUCCGCAACGCGGUUGCCAAGUACGUAGAGAAGACGCCACCCCCGGAAGCUGUUCCCGGGAGCGGAAGUGGCAGGUGGCUCGCUAGAGUGAAGACCGCGUGUGCAGAGCUACUCUGCUCCAGCUCGAGCGGCUCUGGUGGGCGUGGGCUGAAGGAAUGCGGACCCGGCCUCUCCGUGAGUGACAGUCCCGGGACGGUUCGCUGCGGCAAGGGGCGGGGCUGCUCGAAUGAGUGUCUGAGACGAGGCUGUCCGGGGACCCGGUGUGAGCACUGCACAUGCCCCAAUGUUUUUAUUUCCUAGGAAAAGUUGGCGGGAACAGUGCUAACACUCCCCGAUGCUCACUUAGACCUGACAGAUGUUAAGAACUUAGCGACUUUGGUGUUGGACUUACAAAUGUUACAAUCGUUUCUUUGUGGCUUUGGACUGGAAGCUUCCUGCCUUCCUCCUGGAGCCUGCAAAAUGAUACAGAUUUUAACUUGGUUUGAAAAUGAGCAAGCGCAGAAAGCUUCCAACUCAGCAGCUAGCUUGUUCAGAGACCUUCAGCCCAGACAUUCUCAAUGAUGUGUCUGAGCUCUUUGCCAAGAACUUUUCCUACUGUAAGCCACUCGACCAUGAGUGGCAGUUACCAGCUCCCACGGAGAGCUUCGCCUGUGAUCACACUGAGUUCAGGGCUUUCCUUGACUUGAAGAACUCCCUAAACGAAGUGAAAAACCUCCUGAGCGAUAAGAAGCUGGAUGAGUGGCACAGGCACACUGCCUUCACCAACAAGGCAGGCAAAGUCAUCUCUCAUGUCAAAAAGGCCAUGAACGCAGAACUCUGUACUCAGGCCUGGUGCAAAUUCCAGGAGAUCCUGUGUAGCUUCCCACUUAUUCCGAAGGAAGUUUUUCAGAAUGGAAGAUUGAAUUCUCUGCACCUGUGUGAAGCUCCGGGAGCUUUCAUAGCGAGCCUCAACCAUUACUUAAAAUCUCACCGGUUCCCCUGUGAGUGGAGUUGGGUGGCUAAUAGCCUGAAUCCAUACCAUGAGGCAAAUGACACUCUUCGGAUGAUUACGGAUGACCGGCUGAUUGCAAAUACCUUGCACUCCUGGUACUUCGGCCCAGAUAAUACCGGUGAUAUCAUGACCCUGAAGUAUCUGACCGGGCUCCAGGAUUUCCUGGGCGACAUGGCUCCCGUUCACUUGGUCACUGCAGAUGGGAGCUUUGAUUGCCAGGGAAACCCAGGGGAACAGGAAGCUUUAGUCUCUCCUUUGCAUUAUUGCGAAGCUGUCACUGCUCUGACCACCCUUGGAAAUGGCGGCUCUUUGGUUCUAAAGAUGUUUACAUUGUUCGAACAUUGUUCUGUGAACCUCAUGUACCUGCUGAAUUGUUCCUUUGCCCAAGUUCAUGUUUUCAAACCUGCUACUAGCAAGGCGGGAAACUCAGAAGUCUAUGUGGUAUGUCUCUGCUAUAAGGGAAGAGAGGCUGUUCAUCCCUGGCUAUCUAAGAUGGUGUUGAACUUUGGCACUGAGAUGACCAGGAAGGCGCUCUUUCCCCAUCAUGUGAUCCCAAAAUCCUUUCUCGAGCAACACGAAGAGUGUUGUGCCUUCUUUCAUAGAUACCAGUUAAAGACUAUUUCUGAGAACAUUCGUCUUUUUGAGAGCAUGGGAGCAGGGGAACAAGAGAAACUGAAUAAUUUAAGGGAUUGUGCUGUACAAUAUUUUAUGCAAAAGUUUCAACUGAAGCCUCUUUCUAGAAAUCACUGGCUCGUUAAAAAAUCCAAUAUUGGUUGUAGUACGAACACGAAAUGGUUUGGACAGAGAAACAAGUAUUUUAAAACCUAUAAUGAACGGAAGAUGCUGGAAACCCUUUCAUGGAAAGAUAAAGUAGCCAAAGGAUACUUCAAUAGUUGGGCGGAGGAACACACUGUCUAUCAUCCUGGGCAGCAUUCCCUCCUGGAAGGGACUGCUUCCAGUCUUGAGUACCACUCAUGGCAUACCUUAGAAGGAAAGAAGCUGUCGAAGGUAAAGUGUUCUCCUUUCUGUGAUGGUGAAAUUUUAAAGACUCUUAAUGAAGCCAUUGAGAAAUCUUUAGAAGCUUUGAGUAUGGAUUCCAAGGUCAGUCCCAAGCAGCAAUACCACUGUUGUCACAUAUUUUCAGAAGAAUCGAUAUUAUCUGAGUUGUUGAGCCUUACCAAGUACCUUCAGGAUGAGCAGGGCCUUGAACCCAGCAACCCAAUCAAGUGCCUGUUUGUGGGUUCACCGACUGACUGUGAUCUCCAAAUGCAUGCGCCACUGGAAGUCCAGCUUCUGGAAUCCGUUGAACUCACAACCUUCAGCUGUUCCUUGCUUCAUGAUGGUGACCCAAGAUACCAGCGUUUGUUUUUGGAUUGCCUGCUGCACUCACUGAAGCAGCUUCACACAGGCGAUGUCAUGAUUUUGCCCAUCCUUUCUUGCUUCACAAGAUUUAUGGCUGGCUUGACCUUUGUCCUCCACAGCUGUUUCAGAUUCAUCACAUUCUCUUGUCCCACAUCCUCGGAGCCCCGCAGGACCUGUGCCGUCCUGCUGUGCAUUGGUUAUCAGAACCUUCCAGAUGCAGUUUUCCAGUUUCUGCAGAAUGUGAAUGACCUCUUGAGCACUCUGCUCCAUCCCAGCGCCCCUCAGCAGGUUUUACAGUUUGUGCCAAUGGAGGUGCUCCUUCAGGGGACACUGCUUGACUUUUUGUGGGAUUUGAAUGCUGCCAUUGCUAAAAGGCAUUUGCAUUUGAUUAUUCAAGGAGAGAGAGACAAAGUCAUCAGCAGCCUUGAGUUAUAAAAUUGAACACCGCUUUGAUGGCAUGCCAUUUUGUGACUUACAGUUUCUGAUUUCAUCUUACCUGCCCUAUUUAUUUAAAAUUUUCAUUUUGGAGAAAUGCCAAUGUGUAUAUUAAAGAACAUUAAUUAUGGAACGUUGUAGCUUGUUCUGAACUGAAGGAUAUAUGACUCAUGGGUACAAAGUUUUUGUGGUAGGAGCCAUGCACUGAUGGUAUUCAGCCCCUAAUCAUGUGGCGUCUGUAUGUGCUCAGGGUGACUACACGCUUGCAUCUGCAGUUGAGCCAGUCUUAUCUGCUGCAGAUUGUGUGCCUUCAGUCAGACGUUUUCCCCCAACCGAUUCCUCUCUUGGGCUAAUGCUUUAAUGCCCAUUAGAGGUUAUUCAUGAUAGGAGGUGAGGAACUCUCUGGCAUCACUGUUUACCUGGAAGUACUUGACAUGUCUGUGGAUUUCAGGGAUCUUUAUACCCGAUUCCAUGAUAAUGUGCCAUUCAUUGCCUUUAGGUCCGUGGCUCAGUUUUUUUUUUUUUUUUUUUUAUGACUUUUGCUAGCUGUAACUAUCAAGCUAGUAAGAAAGAACAGCUUUAAGCCAAAACCAAAGGUCAUUUUUGUACAGUGAAAAAUUGUGUCUGGUACUCCUGUGUCAUGAAAAGCUUCCUUCAGCAAUGUUGGCAUUUCUGAUGUCCUAGGAAAAUGAUUUUAAGGCUUAGUGUAUCCUUAGUUUCCUGUAGGUUACACCGGAAUGUGAUGGUCACGGUGAACCUUGAGUGUAACACUUCCAGAAUGAUGGCUAAACAAACUUUUAAUCUUUAUUUUUGUUUUUAGUAUGAAAAUAGCACUUUACUAAGAUUAUCCAUGAGAUAGAUAUUUUAUCAAUUUCAUUUGAUUUCAUCGAGUAAUAUAUAUUUAAUAUAUUGAUUUUUUUUCUAGCAGUGUGUUAAUUUGUCACUACUUUGAAGUUUUAUAAGGUACAUAAUUAGAUCUAAUAUAAAUUUUUAGGAAUUUUCUGUUACUUAAAAAAAUAGAAGUAUUCUGUCAUGUAUCUAGUUAAUAAAUAAAUUUUUCAUGCUCUGCUAUUUCUGAGUUCCAUUACAACUCACAAAUAAAGUCUUUAGCAGGUA